GUUUAAAGCUCUUGUUUAAUAAACACGCAUACACAUCACGCGUCUCAGGUUAGGUCACUUGGAAGGAAGAUGCAAUCGACCAGCAACAGAAGUAACAGUAAUAAUACCGUCUUUCUUGGAGUGGACGUUGGCUCUGGUUCAGCUAGAGCUGCCCUCAUCACUUCAGAAGGUCGUCUCCUUGCGAUUCAUUCCACCCCCUUCUCAACCUCUCGUCCAGCACCAGACUAUUUUGAACAAUCUAGUGAAGAGAUAUGGACAUCAAUCUGUACAUCUGUCAAAGCUGCCUUGGCUUCAUCAAAAGUUGAUCCUUCACAGGUCAGAGGCAUUGGGUUUGAUGCGACUUGUUCCUUAGUAGCUUAUACUUCAGGCACGCCCGAGACUGCGCGUCCGGUAUCUAUCUCCCCUAGUUCUAACUUUGAAGACCAUAGCCGAAACAUCAUCAUGUGGUGUGAUCAUCGUGCAAAAGAACAGGCAAUUCGUAUUACGGAAACUCAACAUGAGAUUCUCAAAAAUAUUGGUGGGACCAUGAGUUUAGAGAUGGAGUUACCCAAAACUCUAUGGCUCAAGGACAAUAUGUCCAAGGAACAAUGGCAAUCCAUUGGACGAUUGUUUGACUUGCCUGACUUUUUAACUUGGAAGGCGACGGGCGACUAUCUCCCUAGUCGAUGCUCUGUUGUUUGUAAAUGGUGCUACAAAGCUGGCCCUGAAGUUGGUGCUAAUAAGAGUAGUGACGAUGGGGAUAAAGCAAUUCAUCAGGGCUGGCCCGUGGAGUUCUUGCAACAAAUUGGGUUGGGCGACAUUGCAGAUGACGACUUUCAGAAGUUAUGUGGUGUUGGCAAUUCUGGAGGCAAGCAAGUCCACUUUGCAGGCGAGCAUAUUGGUGGGCUAAGUGAACAAGCAGCUAAGGAGCUAGGCCUGGUUCCAGGGACUGCUGUUGGGGGUGCCGUUAUUGAUGCUUAUGCGGGUGCUAUUGGUACUCUGGGAGCAAAAUUGAAUGGGCGGCAAGCAACUGUUGACGAAGCCAGUAAGCGGAUUUCUUCGAUCUGUGGAACAUCAUCCUGUUACCUCGUCAUGAGCGAUAGGCCCAUCUUUGUUCCAGGAGUAUGGGGUCCAUUCCAUGGAGUCAUGUUACCAGACAUGUGGGUUGCGGAAGGAGGGCAAUCUUCUACAGGUCAGUUAAUUGACCAUCUCACCAAAUCGCAUCCAGCUUACAAUGAGGCAUUAGAAAAAGCCAAAGCCUUAUCAGGCAGUCUUCAGAAAGAAGUGUCCGUCUACGAAUACCUCAAUCAACAUCUCGAAUCUUUGGCACAAAAGCAAUCACUACCUGAUAUCGCCUUUCUCACUAAGCGGCUUCAUAUGACCCCGGAUCAUCAUGGCAACCGAUCACCUUUUGCAGAUGAAACCAUGCGAGGCCUUAUCUCUGGAUUAGAUUUGAACAGCAAUUACACCAUUGAUGGUCUUGCUGCACUUUAUCUGGCUACGGUCCAGGCACUGGCCUUGGGCACACGACAGAUUUUGGACGCUCUAAGGAAAGCGGGCUAUGUUAUUGAGACAAUUUGCAUCUCUGGAGGGUUAUCGAUGAAUAGGGUCUUUGUUAAGGUCCUUGCUGAUAUCAUGCAGAUGCCCGUAGUUUUGCCAGGAAGUGGAGGGGAUGCCGCUGUAGUCGUGGGCGCUGCAGUUUGUGGUGCUGUCGCUUAUGAAUCCCAACAGAGAGGACCAGAGGCUAACAUGCAAGGUAUGUUAUGGGAUGCCAUGACGCGACUGACAGAGGCCUUGGAUAUUAUUGAACCCAUCCAUAAUCCAGAGUUACAGCGGUUUUACGAGAACAAAUUCAGGAUCGUAGAAAAAAUGCAACAGGAUCAGCGCGUUUACAAUGAAAUCAUGGCAUCAUAAAAAGGGAUCAUGGAGAAAUAUCCCUAGAUCUAUGUAGAACAAGGGUAGAAAAAUAAAAACAAAUCAAGGAG